AUGACAUUUGUCAUGAGCAGCGACUCCUUAGACUCCUCAGAGUCUAAAGUUAGACUCGGACAAGCCCAGUCGACUGCAACAUCCUCACCCCCCACAUCUGUAGCAACCGGUAGCAUCGGUAGCUCUCCAGCGAAAAACAUUGGCUCUCCUGUUGUAUCUUUGGACAACUCUGAAUUUCGCGUUGAGUGGGGUCGCCCUGUCGACAUAGGAAAACAUGCUGCUUACAAUCCCCGUAAGCGUCCCAUGGAGUACACCUUAUUCCAAAAUGGGACUCGCGACGAAGAUUGCGACUUGCCCACCAAGAAAUUAAAGACCUUGCAAACGACGUGGAACUUCACUGCCCCCUCCUCUGAAGCUACAAACUACCUCAACGGGCGCAUGCUCGAGCUCUCCCGGAUCACUCGCCGAGCUAUUGCUGCGAGGAUACGCUACCAACGCCUUCGCUCCCGCGAACUCGAUCUAAUCAAGGGCAUCCUUGUCGAUGAAACCGAGCUGUGCCAGACACAGUUGACCGGAGUUGACACGCAGAUUGGUUCAAUUCGGAAUAUGCUUGGGGUUGGAGGGGCUGCGGCGAUAUGGAGCGCAGGUGCUAAGUUUGACCCUGAUGAUGCGGCUGGGUCGUGGUGUGAAAGUUCCUCUGAUGAAUCAAAUGCAAUCGCCGCCGCAUCUCGCGGCAGCUCAGCCUGCCCGUCCGACGAUUCAAAUCUAUAG